AGCGUGGUGACGUGCGAUUGUGCUGACGCGUUAGUGGAUAAAGAUAACCAGAUUUCCUUUUCAGUCAUAUUUGCUCGAGUUGAACAAAGGAUCUAGAUAAUUAGUUGUGGACAAAAAUAGACGUCGCGGGCCCUGGGCCAGGUGACGUCACGCGCCAGGGCCGGCGGCGGGGCAAGACGGGCCCCGCGCCAGUGCCGCGCGCGCCGUCCGCCUGGCCGCACGCUGUCGUCUCCGCACCAGCCAGCCACCAGACCUACCUGUCUGCGCCUCCACACCCCCGCCCGCCGCCGCACACCCGUCUCCGCAUCUAACACAUGCCCGUACUGACACAAUGGUUAGAAAGUAUGAAAGAAUGAGUGGACGACAAUCUUGGAAUGAAGAGGACAUGGCGAGGGCCGUGGCUGCCGUCGUGUCAGGUAAGAUGGGCUACAAACUGGCCGCCAGGACUUACCACAUCCCGAGGUCGACUCUUCAGAGGCGAGCCAGCAAAAUAAGGUACACACAACCUGACGAACCUAAGCCCUUAAUGGGGCAUUACAGAAGAGUCUUCACUGAGAGUCAGGAAAAAGAUUUAGUUGGUUAUAUAAAAAGCAUGGAGAAAUAUUUUAUGGGAGUCUCCCGUCGGGAUAUAAGAGAACUAGCCUUCCAAUAUGCUGAAGAUAACAAUUUAAAUCAUCCAUUUGACAUGAACAGCAGAAUGGCUGGUGAGGAUUGGGUGAGGAACUUCUUGAAGAGAAAUCCGGAACUAUUAGAGAAGUCAGAGAAGGAAAGAGAUAUGGAACCGGUAAACUUUGAUCAGUUCUAUCACUUCAUGUUUCAACUGUCGUGACUGCGAGACCGUUAGUCUAGUUCCACUUGGGAAAAUUAUACCGAGGAACUUGAUGAAAGGAUCCAAACUGAGAAUUUUUCGUCAUAAUUAUUUUAAAUCUCAACAAAAUUAUUUUAAUAGAUAUUGCAUAACACAAUCGUAAUUAUAAUUGGUUCGGAUAAAAACAAAUAAAUAGAUUUUUUAAAAUUUUGAAAUGUAUUGGAUAGUGUAAGGGAUAAGCUCAAAUAUGAAUAAUGAAUAGAUAUUUAUAACAAUUUUUAAUUUUAUUGAUCAUAAGUAUAAACAUUUGAAGAUAUUGCUGCUGCGGAACUAUUAAGUACUUAUUUACUUAACAACGUCACAAAUAAAAAUGUUUGUUAAUUGCUAUUUAUAGUUUAAAUCCUGUUGUAUAAUGAACGUAUAAACGACUUGCUAAAAUUAAGGGCUGUGAUAGUAGAAAAAGGGAGUAUUUUUAUCGUAUCUGUUCUUAGCACAAAUUAGUACCGAAUGUAAAAAUUUGAACCCUUAGAUUUUGGAUAUGUAUUAAUAUAAAAUAAAAAGACAGGUGAACUGUUAAUGAUAUAACAAAGAUAAGAUAAAAAAAUCGCGUAAUCAAUAAGUAGGCGGAAAGACAAAGAUAGAUAGAAAAUGAUUAUUUUAAUAUUUGUUGAAAUAUUUUGUAUCCGUAUUAUAAGCCUACAAAUAAUUGUAAUUGAUUUAUAAUCACUAAACACUUAAUCUUAACAAAAUAUUGCAGUAUUGCAAAAGGUAACAUGUUACACAUUAAAUCAAUCAUUAACAUACCUAGGUAUUAAAUCAAGGAUAUUAAAAUUAAAAAACUGUACUAACAAGAUGCCUUCAUGCUAACCGACAAUUCAAUUGUAUGUUUAUUUUUCAUAAUUUUUGAUAUUUAACGUUUAGUUUCAUAUUUAUUUAUCAUUUUUUAAAGUAUCGUAGCAAAGAAAUCUGUUAACGAUUGAUUUGGCAAUGUCGAAUCAAGGUUGCAUCUCCAGCGUGUCGGAAUAAUACCUACUAGUAAAAUUUAUGUGUAUAUUAAAAUAAAAUAUCGCUAUCACAAUAUAUGUAUUUGUAUGAGGCUAAACGUAAUAAUUGUAAAAUUAGUUUUUCUGUACCAACAAUAACAUAUUUUAUACGAUCGAAGUAGUAAUAGCCAAAGAUAGCCCGAAUAAACAAUGUAUUUUGAACAUAGUUUCCGGUAGUAA